AUGUUAAUUACAAACGUCCUCCCAGUCUUUGCCCUCCUCGGCUCAUCUCUCGCCUUGGACAGAACAAGACAUCAACAUCCUGCUCGCGCUUCAGCUUGCACACCAGUGGCAGGUGGAUCUGGCUCAAUUGACGAUGUUCCCGCUAUCAAAUCUGCAAUCACCAAAUGUGGCAAGGGAGGCACGAUCGUCAUCCCCGCUGGCAAAACCUACAACUUGAACAGCCCACUGGAUUUUGCGGGAUGUGUUGGCUGUGACUUCCAGCUGGAGGGCACCUUGAAAUUCAGCUCGUCGACGAAUGUCUGGAAGGGACAGACAGCAAUGAUCAACAUCAAGAAUAUUGAUGGACUCAAGAUCCGAUCUCUGACAGGCAAAGGAGUCAUUGAUGGAAAUGGGCAGAACGCCUGGGACCUUUUCGCCAAAGACAGCAGCUACCGUCGCCCGACCCUGCUCUAUAUCACCGGCGGCUCCAACAUCGAGGUCUCCAACCUCCGCCAGAAGAAUCCCCCUAACGUCUUCAAUUCCAUCAAAGGCGACACCAAGACAGCCAAGUUCCUCGAUCUGCACAUGGACGCCACCUCCAGCAGCAAGAAUGAUCCGAAGAACACAGACGGCUUCGACAUCGGUGCCAGCACAGACGUAACCAUCAGCAACGUGAAGGUGACGAACGGCGAUGACUGCGUGGCAUUCAAGCCCGGUGCAAAUGGUGUCAUUGUCAAGGACAUUACCUGCAUUGGAAGCCAUGGACUCUCGGUGGGAUCGCUGGGUAAGAAUAACAAGGACUUUGUGAAGAAUGUGCACGUGUCUGGCGCGAAGAUGAUCAAGUCGACCAAGGCGGUGGGAAUCAAGACGUAUCCUCCUGGAAACGGCCACGCCAAGUCGACAGUGAGCAACGUUACCUUCUCGAAUAUUGUCGUUGAUGGGUGUGACUAUGCGAUUCAGAUCCAGAGUUGCUAUGGAGAGAAUGCAGCUUACUGUGCGAAGAAUCCUGGGGACUCGGAUUUGACGGGCAUUGUCUUUGAGAAUGUUAGCGGGAAGACAAGUGGAAAGUAUAAGGCCGUCACGGGCAAUCUUUCUUGUGGAUCUCGUGGAGCUUGCGAUGUCAAGGUUAGUGGUUAUACUGUUGUGGCGCCAACUGGAGGUAGUGAGGUGCAGUGUGCUAAUACCCCAUCGAAAUUGGGGGUUAAGUGCACUGCGGGUGCCUCGGGCUGA